AUGCGGGUCUCAAACCGUGGACUUGAGAGAUCAGAGCCAGCCAGAGCUCAGCCUAGACUCUCUGGAUCAUACGACAGGCAUGCGUUCGCCUUUGAACCCAAAAGUCCGCGGUUCGAGUCGCGCUAUGGCCACCGCGUUCAACAGCACUGUCUGUUCCUUUUUCGUAGGAAGAUGCAACAACAGACAGGAUUGGGACUCAAACCAUGGUCGUCUGGGCUCAAAGCCUAUCGUGUGACCAAGAAAGUGUAUGCCGAGAUCUGUUUGCAACUGAUCGCUCAAGUGCAUAGUUCGAGUCCCGAUCUGUUCAUUGCGCCUAGCAUCACUUUCGGUUGCUGUAUCUUCCUGCGAAGCUGGUAUAGAUGGACGUCAAAAACGACCCAUUCGAGCUGCUACAGUAGCGCCCUCUUCAAACUUGCCUCAUGCUUAUCCGACCCCUUGUUCUGGCCGUUUGACCGUUCGAGUAGUCUUUCAGAGAUCUCAAAAAAUCAAGGCAAGCACUUUUGA